AUCAUUAGUUUUCUACCAUCCGUGUGAACAGUCGUUAGAAAAUGGCACCGAAGACAAGUGAAAAAUCCGUCAAAAAGUCCGGCAAGGCACAGAAAAGCGUCGUCAAGGGAGAUAAGAAAAAGAGGAAGGCUCGCCGCAAGGAAAGCUACGCCAUCUAUAUCUAUAAGGUGCUGAAGCAGGUCCAUCCGGAUACGGGAGUAUCAUCGAAAGCCAUGAGUAUCAUGAAUAGUUUUGUCAACGACAUCUUCGAGCGGAUCGCUGCUGAGGCAUCACGUUUGGCUCAGUACAACAAACGAUCGACAAUCACCUCUCGUGAAAUCCAAACCGCUGUACGCCUGUUGUUGCCAGGUGAGCUGGCUAAACACGCCGUCUCUGAGGGUACGAAGGCUGUCACCAAGUACACCAGCUCCAAGUAAAUCUUCCUUUCGAAUACCGACCAUUAUCUGAGAAAACAAACGGCCCUUUUCAGGGCCACGGAAUUGUUUGA